UUGCUUCUGUUUCUUCUUCCUUCGUCUUUCGUAAUUUUCUUGGGAGAAAUUCAGUAAUAGAGGGAAAGAGAGAUGGCUUGCUUGCACGACCACAGCUGCGAAGAUCAUGAUUGUUCGUCUGGUUGGACUCUCUACGAGCAUAUCGACCUCCCCAAGGUUACUGCUUUGAAUGAGGCGGUUCCUGGAAGCGUCAAGUCGGUUUUCAAAGCUUGGGAGCAAAGACUGAAUUCUAGUGGGGGGCACUUGGAGAGCAAUGAGGGUGAUCCUGAGUUACUUGUUUACAUUCCAUUUACAUCAGAUGUAAAGAUCAAGAGCAUAUCUGUUGUCGGCGGUGUUGACGGAACAAGUCCUUCCAAGAUGAGGGCGUUCAUCAACAAAGAAGGCAUUGACUUUUCAGAUGCUCAAGGAAUGCAAGCUAUUCAGGAGUGGGAUCUGGUCGAAAAUUUCCAAGGAACAUUGGAGUACCAGACAAGAUAUUCCAAAUUUCAAAACGUGGCCAGCAUCACAUUGCAUUUUCCCGAUAGUUUUGGUGGUGAUACAACUAAGAUAGAGUACAUUGGCUUUAAAGGCGAAGCUACAAAGUUGAAGAGGGAUGUUGUCGCAACAAUUGUUUACGAACUCAGGCCAAAUCCAUCCGAUCACAAGACAAAGGCUGAAGGUGGGGGUCUCUCACAUGUUGAAUGAACAAGUCAAACGCUAACUGCAAUCUGCGGUGUUUCUUAUGGAUUAAAUGCUCUCUGUAGUUUGUAUGUUGAUACCUUAAAAGCAAGGAAGUACUGAAUUGUUGUCACAAUUCUUUUAUUUGUGGCAUCUUUAUGGUUGGGAAAUGUUAGUCGAAAGAAACCAGAUGGAGGUUAAGGCUUAUGCUAUCAUAUUCAUAUGAUUCGGUUUUAAGUCA